UCGAAGCUAUUUGGACACAUCGUCGUUCAUAUCAGAGAACGUAUCUCUGUUCAUAUAUAAAGUUUGUUAGUUUUGCCAUUAAUUAGUUAAAUAGUGAUCGAAUAUGACAGCAACAUUGCGGUAUCGUGGGGAUAAAAACAAUAUUAUUGAGUUGGCAAAAACUUUAGAUGCUUUUAAGAAAGUGCCGGAAAAAUAUACAGAAACAACAGAAAUAGGGGGCACAUUAUCUUUAUUGAGUCGUUUGCUCAUUAUUUACCUCAUUUAUAAGGAGGUAUGCUAUUACAAAGAAGCUGAUCUCAUUUAUCAAUUUGAACCUGACAUCGACAUGGAUGAUAAAGUACAAAUGCAUGUCGAUAUCACCGUGGCCAUGCCAUGCUCCUCCCUUUCUGGCGUUGACCUAAUGGAUGAGACACAACAGGACGUAUUCGCGUAUGGUACCUUACAACGAGAAGGAACUUGGUGGGUUUUACCUGAAGAGGAACGUCUUCAAUUCGAACGCAUGCAGCAUAUGAAUACGUUUUUGAGAGAAGAAUAUCACUCUGUUGCGGAUAUUCUAUUUAAAGAUAUUAUCAAGAAUAAUGAAGUGAAUGUGAAACCAAUAGGAGACUUGAAAAAACUUCCGGAGGAGCAAUAUGAUGCAUGCCGUUUACAUGGAACAUUGGGUAUUAAUAAGGUCGCUGGAGUUCUGCACUUGGUUGGUGGUGCGCAGCCAUUUGUUGGGCUCUUCGGCGAUCACUGGACAAUCGAUUUUCGACGUACGCCAGCUAAUUUCACGCAUCGCAUCAAUCGCUUAAGUUUUGGUCAAUAUUCACGACGCAUCGUACAACCGCUUGAAGGCGACGAAACGCUAGUAGCCGAUGAAGAAACAACGGUACAAUAUUUUUUGAAAAUUGUACCCACCGAAAUACACAACACCUUCACAACGAUCAAUACGUAUCAAUAUUCAGUGAGCGAGAAUGUGCGACAAUUGGACUCGACCAAAAAUUCGUACGGCUCCCCUGGCAUCUAUUUUAAAUACGAUUGGUCGGCAUUAAAGAUCAUUGUGCGCACUGAUCGUGAUAAUCUCGUGCAAUUCAUAAUACGACUAUGUUCCAUCAUUGCGGGCAUCAUCGUUGUCUCAGGCAUUUUAAAUACCAUUUUGGUGUCUAUGCAGCGCCUUACCAUCAAUAUAAUUGCGCCUCAAGUUUUACAACAGACACUAAAUCAACACCACGACAGUGCUAGCCGCGACGGUGGCGCACAUAUCGCUGUUGGAGCUGGUGCUGUGAACGUGAAUCUCGACAGCGCCAGUUUCGCGACGCCCACGACUAAAGUACUGUCGAAUAAUCUCAUAAAUACCGCGAAUAUCAUGUCUGACAGCAUUAGCUUGCUGAAUGCCACAACUACAACAACCAGCAUUCCAACGAUUGUGCCAAUAGCCGUUGAUGAGGAGCCACCAUCAAAAUAACCGAUUCACAUGCACUCCACGUAGAGGAUUUUCUACACUGCGUUCGAGGUAAAAGCCUCGCUAAUUUCACAAUUAAUUUUUAUGCAAAGAUUAUAUAUUGUCAACGGUUAUGUACACGUACAUAUAUACAUAUAUUUGUAUGUUUCAUUAAAACAUCUUUCAUAUGUUCUUUGUAAGAAUAA